AAUCCUGAAAUGAUAUGUAAUCCGUUUAAUUUUGUUAAAUGCUUUCUCUGUUUCUCUGAACGAUUGCAUUAUAUAAAUGUAUCGAUGUAGUAUUUUUAUUGUCGUUUUAUUGAAGAAAUGUGAGCACACAGUGUGACGCACGAAUGAACGAAUUCAUGACCUUGGAUAUAUAUAAUUAAUGCAUUUAAUUUGAUAGCAUGACGGAUAUGUUUUAAAUCAACAUACUUCAUCACAUUUCUAAUGUAUAUGUCAAUAUUUACGUGACGAGGUAAAAUAUUUAAAUCCGUAAAGUUUCAAGGACUAAUUCUAUGUGAAAAAUUCUCAAAAUGUUUCGAUAAUUAGAACAAUAUACGUGUGAGAUAUAACCUUAUGGAAUAUUGUAUUUAGUUUGAUAUAAAAACACACAAAUACGCUGGUAUGUGUGCGUGAAAACUAUUAGGAUGUGUGCGUGAAAACUAUUAGGAUGUGUGCGUGAAAACUAUUAGGAUGUGUAACGACUGUAAACCGAUAGGAUAUGAGCAUAUUUGGUUAUUAAAGAAGAAAUCAUGGAAGACUCGUACCCUAUUUCUCUAUAGAUAAAAUAUAGAUUUUAGAAAUGAUUUAAGAUUGGAUAGUGAAGUUUCUUCAAAUACACAUUUAAGCUAUGACAAAGCCAGACCGUGGCUGGGCAUGGGUAGUAGCUGCUUCCUCGUUUUUUGCACACUGUAUAAGUGGUUAUUUCCAAUGGGCUAGUGGUAUGGUACAUAUAGUGCUGUUGGAGACCUUCGAUGAUAGUUUGUUGAAAACGUCAUGGUUCAGUGCUUUGUUUUUGGCCUUAAUAUCAUUAGCAGGUCCAUUGACCGGUGUUUUAAUUAACAGAUUUAACUGUAGAAUAUCAAUGAUGGUAGGUUCUCUGAUACUUACCAUUGGUCUCGUUACAACAGCGCUUGUUCCCAAUAUUAACUGGACAUUUUUGACACUGGGACUUUUAUCGGGUACUGGUCUAGGCAUAUGCUAUAACUCUGGCCUAAUUGUUCUCGGAUUCAACUUUGAACGAAAGCGAAACAUAGCAUGUGGAUUCGCUAUAUCAGGAUCAGGUAUAGGCCCGUUUCUGCUAACUCCUAUUUUCCAGUUUAUUUAUGAGACCUACGGUAGAACAGGAUAUUUUAUCCUUCUUGGAGGUCUCUCUUUACAGUAUUGUGUAUGUGCUUCGACUUUCUGGGAAUCAGAAUUAGAAAAAAGAUCAAAAGAACGCACUCCUCUUCAAAAACAAAGACCUCAAAAUUCUUGUAGACCGUAUUUGUCCAUUAUGAAAAAUUUACCAAUGUCGUGCAUAUGCGCAUGUCUUUUUUUAGCGGAUAUAAGCGUUUUCCUUCUGUAUUUACAUUUUCCAAAAUACUGUUUGCAGACGAAUUCAACAAAAACAUAAAUAUCUCUAUUCAUGUCCUUGGCUGGUAUAUGGAGUGCUAUAGGCAAAUUACUUUUUGGCAUGGCGAACAACAGUCACGAUAUCGAUGAAACUAUUACGCUUUUCGGA